AUGAAUAUAAUUAUCAUCAUUUGUGUGCCCAUUGUUGCAUUUAUACUUUUGGCUCUUGGUGUUGGCAUCUUUGUCAAGAAAAGAAUGAAACACGAGGCAAAGGAGUUUAUCAAUCCCGACUUUUCGGGUGAUAUUAGUACCAUUGAAUCCAUACAACAUCACUUUGGGAAAAUAAGAGCUGCAACCAAUAAUUUCUCUGAUGAUAAUAAACUUGGCCAAGGUGGUUUCGGAGCUGUUUAUAUGGGAAAACUGGUACAUGGGAAAGAAAUAGCAGUGAAAAGAUUGUCGAAGGAUUCAGGUCAAGGUGAUCAGGAAUUCAAGAAUGAGGUCUUGUUACUAGCCAAGCUCCAACAUAGGAAUUUGGUUAGACUUUUGGGUUUCUCCAUUGAAGGAAUCGAGCGUCUUCUUGUAUACGAGUUCGUCCGGAAUGGAAGUCUAGACCAAAUUUUAUUUGAUCGAACAAAAUCCUCAAAAUUGGAUUGGAAUAGUCGUUAUAGAAUCAUAGUAGGUAUUGCAAAGGGAGUUCUAUAUUUGCAUGAAGAUUCCAGGCUCAUGAUUAUACAUCGUGAUCUCAAGGCAAGCAACGUCCUUCUUGAUGGAAAUAUGAAUCCUAAAAUUGCAGAUUUUGGAAUGGCAAGAUUAGUUGUGCCCGAUGCAACUAUUGAAAGUACGAACCUAAUCGUUGGAACCUAUGGAUAUAUGGCACCAGAAUAUGCAAGGUACGGUCACUUCUCUGUCAAGUCCGACGUAUUUAGCUUCGGAGUCAUAGUCCUGGAGAUCAUAACUGGCAGAAAGAUAUUUACCCAGAAUGAGGAGGAUAGAGGAGAUCUUUUGAGCUGUGCUUGGAGAAGUUGGCGCGAGGGAACAAUUUCAAAUUUGAUCGACCGAACCUUGAGUGAAACCAACGGGGGCCAACCAGACAUGGUGAGAUGCAUUCACAUUGCUUUGUUGUGUGUUCAACAAAAUACUGCUAGCAGACCAACAAUGGCUUCAGUUGUUGUAAUGCUUAAUAGUUCCACGAUAACGCUUCCGAUUCCAACGGAGCCCGGAUUUUACUUUUCAAGGACGACUUCAAUCCUUCACCUGGAGUCGCCCAACACUCAAUCGCCCAACAAUACAUACUCUUCUAUGGGCGACUUGUAUCCGCAGUAG